UCUAAACAAAGCCUAUUGGAAAUAUGUUAUUCGUUGAUCAUUUGAAUUCGUUGUUCACCUGUACCCACGAAAAUUGGUAUCCAAUGACUAAUAAUGAGUAUUGAGAUGCAGUCGUUAACGUCUAAAUGAAAGGAUCAAAAUGUGUAAAACGGUUACAUAAGACAGAAUGCGGACAUGACUUUUAGAACCGAAAAGACUGUCAAUAACGUACUUCAAAGGAUACAGAGUUAAGGUAAAGAUAUUUACAAUGGAGCUACUCGGUGUUAUCUCUGUACCAGGAUGGCUGUUAACUAUUUUGCUUCUGAUUCUAACAUUUUGUUUAUAUUCAAAAUGGAAGCACAGUUUGUGGAAGAGGCUUGGAGUUCCUGGUCCACAACCAACUCCUUUUCUUGGAAUUUUGAAAGAAUAUUUUAAAAAGGGUUCCUGUAACACAGAUUUAGAACUUGUGAAGAAAUACGGCAAUGUUGUCGGGGUUUAUCAGUGUCAUGUUCCAAGCUUGUUAGUUGCUGAUCCAGAAAUGUUGAAAGUGAUUUUUGUUAAGGAAUUCUCCAACUUUCCAAACAGAUUUAUACCAGUAAAGCCAACAGAACGAAUGUUAGCUGGUGUUGCGUUGGCCCAGGGAACACAUUGGAAGUUUCUCAGAAGUACAAUUUCACCGACAUUUACAGUGGGAAAGUUAAAACUUAUGGUACAGAAAAUCAAAAAAUGUUGUCAAGCUUUGGUAGAAAACAUCCACUCACAGCGAGGAGACAACAAACCUGUUGAUAUGAAAGAAUUGUGUGGAGCAUUUACUAUGGAUGUCAUAUCUAGUACAGCUUUUGGUAUUGAGGUUAAUUCGCAGAAAGAACCCAAUAAUAGAUUUGUUUACUAUGGAAAGAAAGCUGCCAUUGGACAACUUGCCUCAUCAUUUGCUGUGUUUAUCAUGAUGUUUCCAUUUCUAAAAAAUAUAAUUGGUGCCAUCAUACUCCAAGGAAACAGAGUUGGUAAAGAUGUCAUUGAAUUCUUUGACACUGCACUACGGUCUGCUAUUGAUCUUCGAAAAGAAGGAACUGAGCAAUACCAAGAUUUCCUACAAUUAAUGAUGAACGCAAGACACAAGGAUGAAAAUAGAGGUUUAAAUGAAAUGGAGUUGAAAUCAAACGCCAUGACGUUCUUCCUAGCAGGCUAUGACACAACUGCCAACACACUAUCAUUUGCUUGUUUUGCAUUGGCCACAAACUCAGACAUACAGAAGAAGCUUAUUGAGGAGAUCGAUACCGUUCUUUGUGGGGAAAAACCCCAAUAUGAAGACAUAUCAAAGUUACAGUACUUGGACAGAUUCGUGAAUGAAGUUUUGCGUCUUUAUGGAGCUGCAACUAGAUUUAACAGGGAAUGUCAGAGCGAUAUCAAGAUUAAAGACACGUUUAUUCCGAAAGGAACAGACAUCAGUGUACCUUCAUUUGCAUUACACAGAAAUCCGGAAUUCUGGCCAGAUCCUGAAAAAUUUGAUCCUGAAAGAUUUACAGAAGAAAACACUGCCAAACGACCAGAAUAUAGUUUUGUCCCCUUUGGCAUUGGUCCAAGAAUAUGUAUUGGUAUGAGGCUGGCGUUACUUGAGGCUAAAAUGGCUUUGGUGUAUAUGCUUCAGAAUUUCUCUUUUACCACUUGUGAUACAACGGAGAUACCGGUCACAUUUGAAAAAGGAUUUGUUCUGAAGGCACAGAAUGGAAUAGUUUUGAAUGCUAAUCCACGUAAAGACGCACAAUAGAAAACUUCAAAAAAUAUACUAUAAGGACAUUGUGACUAGAUUAUUAUGAAUAAUUGUUAAUUUGAAUUGAACGGUCAUUGACGUAAAUGAUACAUAUCAGCAGUCAAUGUUAAUGUAAUUUGUAAUAUAACUCUAUGUACGAUUUGUCGUUAGUUACAUGUGGUCGAGUGGUUGUACAAUAAAAAUGUUU